AUGCCCGGCACAACUGGCAAACGACACACACAAUCGUCGUUGCCAGGACGAGAAUGUUUCGUGGGACAGGAUGCAGAUGACAUUUUGAAGGCGGCGACGCGGGCCUGGACCCCUGGGUUGAAGCAACGGGACAGGGUCGCAAUGCAGCAUGGCAAUAGGAUCGCGGGUCCUUUCCUGGCGGACCAUUUCGUGGCGUCGUUCAACGCGACCCUGGCACCAUUUUUCGAACAAUCAAACACGCCGUUUGAAAAGCAACCAAUCCGGGGGUGGCGUUCGACUCUUUGCGACUUUGCAGGAUCGUGCGAAAACGUGGUGAAAGGAGGGAAAGGCGGCGCGUUCGUUGGGGUGUUUGGCUGCGCUGCCACGCUGAGCCAAGAGGGUGCAUCGCGCGUGUGUUGUAGACGAACUGGGGUGCCCAGGGCCUCUCUGAGGAAAGGCCAUUCGCUGGAAAACUCCAAUGAGAACCAGUUAAAUGGCACACAACCAGGACAAGAUUCAGCCGAGUUGGAUGUGACUAUGAGUCUGUGCCUGGAUGAUGGGCUCGGAGCAGCGCGGGAGAUCUUCAUUAUGUGGGCGGAAUGUGGGCAGCUCAUGUUCAAAGAAGAUUAUGGACGAGGGAACUCCGUCAGUCCAAUUACUCAGUCUCCUUCAACUGUCAACCGGGAUGUUCUGAGUAAGAACCACAACCAGAUCACCAGGCUAUCCGUCAGGCCCUGGAUGGUGUUCGAGGUAUUUUCGGGGCCUCGAAACUGUUCAAAGACCAGGGGGCGUAAAUCGGCGGCACGGCUCAGCUGCCAAGCCAAUACCCUGCAUCUAAUUGAUGAUCGUAUGUCAGGCUGCAACAAAAUGAGACUGAAAUCGGCCACGACCGGGUUCACGACGAAAAGUGGCCGGUUUUAUGGAUAUCAACCAUCCUUUGCGAUAGUUCUAGGCAGUUUAUUACGCUCUCGGAUUUCUACAAUCAUCGGCCCCGCUUUAUUAUCGGCAGACCCGACCCGGUUCUUCGGCGCUGCCCAUGCCGUGUGGAUUCCGGCUGUCAGCUUCGAGGAUCCGCUAUUUGGGACUUUGGUAUCAGAGUUUCUGCACGCUGUGCUCGCUGCCUACGACGAGAAUGGGGCUACAAAGACAUCCUGGUCUGCACAUCGAUGA